AUGCAUCUCCCCUGGGCCUCCCUCUUCCUUGCCUCGCUGCCUCUUGCGCUGGCUGGCGGGGACCGCGGUCAUAAAGGGCUCGACUACUAUGCCAAAAAGGCAGGCCUCAAGUACUUCGGGGCCGCGACCGACUCUCCUGGCCAGCGCGAGCGUGCCGGCUUGGAGGCUGCAUACCCCGAAUAUGACCGCAUCAUGUGGAAGUCAGGGGAAUUCGGCCAGACGACUCCGACGAAUGGUCAGAAGUGGCUAUUUGUCGAGCCGGAGCGCGGCGUCUUCAACUAUACCGAAGGCGAGAUUGUGACGUCCAAGGCGAGAAAGGCUGGGAUGUACCUGAGAUGCCACGCCCUGGUCUGGCACAGCCAGCUCGCUCCAUGGGUUGAAUCCACGACGUGGACUGCCGAGGAGCUCCGAUCCGUCAUCGUGGAGCACGUCACCAAGGUUGCAAAGCACUGGAAGGGCCAAUGCUAUGCCUGGGACGUUGUCAAUGAGGCGCUCAACGAGGACGGCACCUACCGCGAGUCGGUCUUCUACAAGGUGCUCGGCGAGGAGUACAUCAAGCUCGCGUUCAAGACGGCUGCCAAAGUCGACCCCCACGCGAAGCUCUACUACAACGAUUACAACCUUGAGAGCCCCGGGCCCAAGGUUGAGGGCGCCAAGAGGAUCGUCAAGAUGCUUCAAAAGGCAGGCAUCAAGGUCAACGGUGUGGGUCUGCAAGCCCACUUGGUCGCCGAGAGCCACCCAACGCUCAACCAGCACAUUGACGCCAUCAAGGGGUUCGCGGACCUUGGCGUUGAAGUUGCUCUCACCGAGCUUGAUAUUCGCCUCCAGACACCGGCAAAUGCCACCAAUCUCGCACUGCAGCGGGAGGCUUAUAAGAAUGCGGUUGGCGCUUGCGUCCAAGUCAGGGGCUGCAUCGGCAUUACCAUCUGGGAUUUCUAUGACCCUUUCAGCUGGGUUCCCUAUGUCUUCCCGGGUCAGGGUGCUCCACUCUUGUGGUUUGAGGACUUCACCACUCAUCCUGCCUACGACGGAGUUAUCGAGGCGCUGAAGAACAAGACGAAGCGCGGAGGUAACCAUGCCCGCUCAGCCCGCCUUUGGACUGUUUGA